AUGACGCCACCUUCUUUACUACCUUCACCUAACCUAUUCAUAUUUCAUCUCAUUUACAUACUUCCAAGAAAUCCAUAAUCAAUUUUCAUUAAGACAGUGUUUGGAAGCACUGCACAGAACUAAAAAAAUGCUUCCGGGAGUUGAAUGUGCUAGAAAGAGACGGUUGCAUCAAAGCAGAGGAAGAGAAGGAGAACGUGUUGAUUCCACAACGAGACGCUCAUUCUGUUUAUACACAAGAAACCUUCAAUCUACUUCUUCCUCAUCAAAACCGUCUUUACCGGAAAGAAGCAUGUUAAAGCAGAAACACACUUCGAUCGAUGAGAAACUGGGAGGAUCAGCAAUAGAAGCCAAACAGAGAUUAGAUGAGAAAUUUACAACAGGUAUGAAGUCAGGAAAAAAACAACAGAAAAGAAAGAGUAUUUUUCAUGGUUUAUUUCAGCAAUUCAAAUAUUUAGUAGAGGAAUCACAGAUCGGCAAGUCCAUGUAGUGAUGCUUUAUUUAUUUAGCCUUUGUAAUUUGUUAUUUAUAACUAGUUUCUAAAGUUUACUGAUGCAUCUAAAAGUAGUUUAGCUUUACACUCAUCUUGGUUGAACCAUUUCAACUGGUUUUAAUUAAGGGUUAAUAUUACUUUUGUUUCCUAUCA